AUGAGUUCAACCAGUUCCAACAACAAACGCAGCAAAGAAGGCGGCAGUAGUGACGAUGAGCCACCCUUGAAGCGGCCUGAGUGGGCUGACAUCGUUGUCGUCGUGGGAGGAACCCCGUGUUUUGAAUCGAGCCAUAUCCUGAGGGCCAGCAGCGGCUACUUUGAUGCAGCCUUCCGCUUUGGAACCAAGAAAUUCGACUUUCCUGACAAAGAUCCGGAAGAAUGGAAACGCUUGAAGGGCAUCCUGGAACCAUUUUCAGAAACCAUGGUAUCGAAUGAGCUUCACCACAUGGCCAAGGGGCUGAAAUUGUGCGACGCGAAGUUGAAAAGUGUCAUCAUGGAGUCCGCAGCGGAGGAUUUUGACAGGGCGCUCAAGUAUCUUUUGCUGAGCUAUGCGCACAACCUUCAGGGGACAAAGGAAACAAGCUGCAGUAUGAUUCUACAGGCGUUCCAAUCCAAGUCACUCCGAGGGGCGGACAAGAUGCUCUCCUCGGAGCUCCUUACGUUUCUCAUGGCCUCUGAGAUUCAAAAGGCGACAAUGAUUCAAACUAUUCAAAAGAGCAAAUCCAUGAGUGCUCUUCGAUCGGAUCUCCAGGCAAGCGGUAUCUUGACACGAGAUGGCGGUAGCAAAAAGGUGGCAUCAGUAGGUCGACAAGGACACGAUGCCAUUGGGAUCGAUUCUGACUCUGUUGAGGUCGAUGGUGGUGAUGUAGCAGCAUAUCCUACCAGAAGCAUUGCAAACGAGGCUGGUGUUCGCGUACGUCGUUCGAAGCGGCAUGCCGGAAAGAGGUUGGGGUAUGACGAAACCACAGGACCUGAAACUGAUUCCGAGGAUGAAUUUUAUCUGGCGGCGAGUGGCAAUUAUCGUUCCCUGUUUUAUUCUUCAUGCAACUGGGCUCUAUGA